UUUCUUUUCGCCAAUGUCUUGAGCUCACAUCCAAAGCACAGGCAUACGGCUGACGAUUCCAAGAAUUCACCAUGUAUGGAGAUGUGGGCCAACUCAGGCCUUUGGCCCAAGUCAUCAGCAGGCCAUCCGUAUAGAAAAUGCAAGAGGAUGCUGUUGUUGCUGCUCCUCUUUCAGGCUGUGGCGGCUUUCCAUGACCACUCCGAGGUCAGCCCGAAGCAGACGCUGGUCGUCAACCAUGCCGGCCAGCUGCUGCCGCAGGCCACGGCGAUGCCUCGGCCUCCCGCCUCGGCGAUGCCGGCGGGGCACGAAGCGCUCGGCCGCCUCGUGCGGCCGAAGGAUGCGCUGAGCGAGGAGAGCGAGCGAUCCCAGUUGAGGAGGCUGUCGUUCAUGGCUUUGGGCGGUGCCAUGCUGCUGGGCUACUUGGGCUUUGUGGCCAAGUCCAACGAUUCGACCAAGUCCGAGGAUCAAAGCCUCCUCUCCGCCUGGCCAGAGGCCGUUCCCUGGAUGUUGCUCUCCAUGACCUUGUCGAUCUUCAACAAGUGGAUCUUCCUCCCAGCUGGUGGGAACUUCCCUUUUCCAAUGACGGUCUCCUGUAGCCACAUGCUUUCGACCAGCAUGGUCCUGCAUCUUCUUCGCCUCUGGAAGCCUCAACUCUUUCCUGGGCUUCGUGGCCUGAACUGGAGAGCAGCCCUUCCAGUGGUGCUACUGGUAGGAAGUCUGUUGGCAAUCUCAGUGGUUCUGUCCAACUCUGCUGCUGUGCUGCUCUCGGUGGCCUUCGUGAACAUGCUGAAAGGUGGAAAUCCCGUGGUGGCGCUUUUGCUGGGCUUGACCUUGGGGACCUCCAGCUGCAACUGGCGGAUGCUCUGCCCCGUGCUGGUGAUCAUGUUUGGAGCAGUUGCCACAGUCCGUGGUGAGCUGUCUUUGAGCUACCUGGGCUUGGCGCUUUUGGUGACUGCCAUUGUCGUGGAGCAGUUCCGCCUGGUUCUCUUCAAGUCGAUGAAGUCAGAGAGUGGGCUCUCCUUGGAUCCACUCUCUGCGCUGUCGCUCUUCGCCCCAGUGGCCUUCGCUUUCACCGCCGUGGCGGCCGCCUGCGAAAGGCAAACGCCCAUGGCGAUCGACCGGGUCCAAGGGUGUGCACUUGCCUUGAACGCGCUGGUGGCGGUAACCUUGAACAUCGCUUACUCCCGGCUCCUGCCACUCAGCUCAGCGAAGGGCUGGUCGACAUGUUCUCCUCUCCACGCCUUCGUAAUGUAUCAACCAAGGAAGGUGGCAAGUCCUGUGACCUUCACCGUCUUUGGCACGGCCAAGGAUGUGACGACUGCGGGCCUGUCGUUGGACAUGGUUGGUGGGACAAUCACGCCUUUGCAGUUGUGCGGCUACGCGACCACACUGUUUCACGUGCGUGAAGCGCUGGCCAAGCUGAAGGCAGUUCCGGAGCGACGAUAUGCGGGCGGCGGGCGUGAACGUGUGGAGCUGUUUGGGGCCUUGUGGGGGAGCCUCGCCCACUCAGCGGGGACAGAUCCAAACCAUGUGCUGCAGGUGGAGCAGUAUCCUCGUGACAGGCUUCUCUCCCUGAGGCGUUACGAUCCGACCAGCGUAAGUGAGCUGGCCAUCUCGUUGAUCGCAGCGCCGACGAGGUCAAAGAAGAGUGCCAAGCCAGAGAUACAGGAACCUGCCCCAGCACAAGCAGCAAAGGGCGCUGUUGAAGCGCCCUUGAGCUAUGGGCAGGUGGAGACUGGCUUGAGCGGCUUGCCAGGAUACCCUAGAGGGCUCCUUCCCGAGUGGGAGGCGCCCCCAACCGGUGCACCUCCAGGCUUUGCGUUCGAUGCGCCUCCCAGCAGGCCAGUAGAAGCUUUCGAAGACGAUGGUUUCUGGGAAGAGAGCUUGCAUCUAUCGGCCUAUGCCGGCCCAGUUUUGGGAAUCGCCGGCGGCCUGGUGAGUCCAGUGCCACCGGCCCUGCAUGAUCCACGCUCCGCACCGGCUUCGCUGUGGCCGGGUGUCGGAGCUCCGGGCCUCGACUGGCCGGUCACCGCGGAGCCCGUCCGGGAAGCGCCACCGCUGGAGCCCCCGCCGCCUCCGGAGUCCGCUCCGGGUGGGUUGGAGCUCGAAGAGAAGCCUGAAGCAGUGCCUGAAGCCACUGCAGGUGGCACCAACAACCGCUGGAGAAGGAACCGACAAAACCCAUUGCCGGCCGAGAGCCUUCCAGGUUGGGGAGCUGGGUCGUGUGGGGUGGUGUGGUCGUGUGUGGUUCCAGAAGUUCCGGGAGGUAGCACGCGCAGUUGGCUCGCGGAAGGCGCUGGAAUUUCUCGUUCCACUCCAUACCCAUCCUUUUCGUCCCGGAAGUUUGACUGA